AUGCUCCGAGCGCGCCACUUCUCCCGUGCAUUGCACGCCGCCUUGAAGCAGCAAGAGACACACCGGCCGCUCUCGUCGGCUGUCCAUUGGCUGCAGACGCCUGCCGUCAUUGCUACCGACAAGGCGUGCGCGCUGUCCACUUCUCCUGUGCAUGACGAACACAAGCGCUCGCCACCGAAGACGACGGACCGGUUUGUGGGCAAGACAGGGGCGGAGAUUUUCCAUGAAACGCUGGCAGAGAUGGACGUUGACUGCGUCUUUGGCUACCCGGGUGGCGCUAUUUUGCCCGUGUUUGACGCCAUUCACGAGAGCAAGUUUUUCAAAUUCAUUCUCACGAGACACGAGCAGGGCGCCGGUCAUAUGGCUCAAGGCUACGCCCGCGCUACUGGCAAGCCGGGAGUGGUGCUUGUGACCUCUGGUCCGGGUGCCACGAAUACUGUUACGCCGUUGCAAGACGCGCUCAUGGACGGCACUCCCAUCGUGGUUUUCAGUGGCCAAGUGGCUACCCAAGUGCUGGGUACUGACGCUUUCCAGGAAGCUGAUAUCUUGGGCAUUACCCGUCCCUGCACCAAGUGGAACGUGCAGGUGCGCGACGUUCGUGACUUGGCACGCAAUAUUCGCGAAGCUUUUCACAUUGCAACGACCGGACGUCCUGGACCUGUGCUGGUGGAUCUGCCCAAGGACAUUACAGCUGGACUGUGCAAAAGCCCCGUUGUCACGGAGCCGCAACUGCUGGGCUAUUAUGGCGAGAAGAAGAUUGCAGGUAAUCGUGUCAACCAGGAAGCGAAUCUGGCGGCUGCUGUCAAGAUGAUUAACAACGCUAGGAAGCCUUUGAUUUUCGCUGGUGCUGGCGCUCUUCAUGCCAGUCAGGAGCUCCGCGCUCUUGCGUGCCAAGCGAAUAUUCCCGUGACCACGUCCUUGCAGGGAAUGGGCGCCUUUGACGAGCGUGACCCGCUCAGUCUGCACAUGCUGGGCAUGCACGGAUCCGUGUACGCGAACAAAGCCAUGCAAGACGCUGACUGUAUCAUUACCCUCGGUGCACGUUUCGAUGACCGUGUGACGGGUCGUGUGCCUGACUUUGCGCGUGAGGCACGGCGCGCUUCUGCUGAGGGUCGCGGCGGGAUCAUCCACUUUGAGAUCACGGGUAAGCAGGUGAGCAAGAUCGUGCCUGCUGACGUGGCCGUGCUUGGCGAUGCGAAGUACAACUUGCAGCAGAUCUUACCUAAGGUCGAGACCAAGCCACGUACCGAAUGGCACAAGAAAUUGCAGGGAUGGAAGGCAAGGUAUCCGUUCCGUUACCGCCCAUCGGCUCCGGGUGCACCGAUGAAAGCUCAGCGUGUCAUCGAGGAGCUUUACAAGCAGACCAAGGGUCGUGACGACGUGCUGAUCACAACGGGCGUAGGCCAGCACCAGAUGUGGGCAGCUCAGUUCUAUCGGUGGUCUCAUCCGAACACGAUGAUCACGUCCGGUGGUCUGGGUACGAUGGGUUUCGGUUUGCCUUCUGCGAUCGGCGCCAAGGCUGCUAGACCUGACGCGAUCGUUGUCGACAUUGACGGGGAUGCUAGUUUCUGCAUGACGCUGUGUGAGAUGGCGACUGCUGCCGAGUUUAACAUCGGCGUGAAGGUGCUGUUGCUUAACAACAACUUCCAGGGCAUGGUCAAGCAGUGGCAGGAUCUGUUUUACGAGGAGCGGUACUCCGGCACCAAGAUGAACAACCCGGACUUUGUCAAGUUCGCAGAGGCCAUGAAUUGUGAAGGUUUCCGCUGCUCCGAGGAAGCGACGCUAGAAGCGGACAUGGCUCGAUUCCUUGCUGCCGAGGGCCCUAUCUUGGGCGAGUUUAUGAUUGAGAAGAACGAGCACUGCUAUCCCAUGGUUGGAGCGGGUCGUUCGCUGGACGAAAUGAUUAUUGGCGACUUUGACGACUGCACGGGCACGACAUCGGUCUAA